AUGAAGUCUCUUGUGGUGAUAUUCAGUGUUGUCGUUGUGGCAUCAUGUGGUCCUGUUACCUCAGAAGAGUCAGUGCUCCGUUCAGUUAUAGGAAAUCUCGUUAGUUGUAACAGUGAUUUGAGUCUGUGCAUGAAGGAACAUGCCCUCAAAGCCGCUGAAAGAUUUGGUGCUGCACGGAAACUCACAAUUAUUGAUGGGAUCACAAUUUUGAACAACAAUCCUAAAGAAGCCAGGAGCCUAGAGACACUCUCCACUGACACUGACUUGAGAAACAAACAAGUCACAGAAAGACUUUGGGACACUACCUACGACAUCCUGCAGUCUUCGGAAUUAGAAUUGAGCUACGGUGGCGAUGAAGAUGUUGAAGAUAAAUCCAGGUCCCUUGAGGAGACCGUUGAAGAAGGCCGUGGCAAAAAAAAGAAGAAGGAAAUCAAAAAGAAGCUUAAAAUGAUCAUUCCUCUGUUACUUUUGGCUAAAGCUAAAGCCGUGGCUGUGGCUGUCUUCUCCUUGGUCGUUAUCGCUGUCUCGCUCUUCAAGUUAGCAUUAAUCGCCAAGAUCGCUUUUAUUAUCAAAUUGAUCGCCCUCAUCAAGGAAAUUUUAGCAAAGAAACACGCUCAGGAAGAAGUUUGGCAACCGCAUGGUUGGGACUCCCACGUUGAACAUCACCCAGUCGCAAUCGAACAUGGCCAUGGCCACGGUUGGGAAGGUGGUUGGUCUCGUUCUAGAAAUGAGGGCAAUAGCAUGGCUUACUCCGCAUAUGGAAUCUAA